CAAUGAGAUUUAUCGUAAGUGAUUAGAACGGUGUCGUAGUAAAGAAGAGACGAAGAAGACGCGGAUUUAUAAGAAGAGAUCACAAAUGAAAAAAGACAUUUUGUUUUAGAAUGUAGCAUUACGGUAGUAUAUGCAAGCGCAUUAAGAUUCGACUAAUUCAAAGAAAUGAAUGAACAUUGCGCCGAGAUAUAGAUAAGUUACAUGGUAGCUAGUUUUGAACGGAUGACAGUAUGAAUAUUCUGUACUCUGCACGUAUGUGUCGUUGCAUGCCUGUAUAGAGACAGAGGGAGAUCAAAGAUAUAAUCAUUUAUUUAUCUUAUUUCGGGAAGAAAUGAUAUAUGCAUUUAAACAUCGAAUAUAUCAGGUGUGUACAUGAGAAAAUACAAAACUAAAAAUUUUAUUCUUAGUGUUAUGGUAUAAAUUUUUAAAAUUUCUUUUAAGUCUAGUAUUUUCUCGCGAUGUUCUUAUUGUAUUCUUUUUUCUUUUUUCUUUUUCAGGAAGGAUGAGUUUUACAUGGUGAGACAGUAUAUAAUGCCUGAGAGAAAUAUAUUCGAUGUUGCUAGAAAUGUAUUCCCAUUAUUUUCAUCCGAGAUCAGUAUGCUUCCAGAAUCAAUUGAAAUUUGAUUUUAAUCUCUUCAUUCCUGCUCCUCCCCUUCUUUCAUUAUCAUUGAAGCAUCAUUAAAGUUAGUAUCUUCUAUUCUUGCGAGCGAAUGAUAAAGAGUACAUGAUACUAUUAACAAUAAAAUUAUGAAUUUGCAUAAUAAAAUUAUCAAUAUUGAAUCUACAAUUAUAAAAAUAUAUAUAUAUAUAUACUUUUUUUUCUAAUGCAUGUAACUUGUAUAUUAAGUCGCUGUCGUUUCCAUCAAGUUUCCUAAAUCAUAUCGUUUUUUAUUGAACUUUAUAACGUCCGUAUCUUGUUUCUAUUUUUGAAGAAGUCAAAGAUAAUGAAUGUUAAUAAAAUUUAUUUUUGCAUUGCAUGCUGUAUGAAUUUAAAAAAAGUAAUACAGUUAAAGAUGCCGUUAGCGAUAUUUUUGUCGUAUAUGGAGAACAUGUUUUAAUCUAGGUUUCCAAACUUCAAAAUGAAGUUUUUGAUCUUUCCGAUAAAUCAAGAUUCGAUUGAGUACUAACGUUUGAUAUCGAAGGAUUAAAAGUUCUACUUGGAACAAAAUUUUGUUUAACAGUUGAAGAAAUAGCAGAAAGACUAAGCAGUAGCAAUAACAUAGCGCUGUGCAUAGACAUUUAAGUGCCAAAGAGCGACGCAAUUUAUGGGAUAUAUAGCACGUGAUUUGGUAGAUUAACUUUUGAAUGAACGCUAUAGUCUUGCACGUAUCGUUUACUUUACUUCGUAGCUUAUCUUGGGAAUAAUAUAAUAUUACGCGUAAUAAUGAAUUUGAAAUGAUUAUAAUCUUCUAAGAAAUGUUAUGACUUCAUUUUAUAAAUCUUUCAAUGAUUAUACUUUUUAUUAUUUUAAGGUGUUGACAGUAUAACAUAUAUCUGUAUGAUGAUGUGUCUUUAAUUACUGAAGCCAAACAUUCGCGAUACGUAUAUUUAAUGACACACGAUAAUAAUAAAUUUAUAACGUAUUUUCAGACCACGUUAAAGGUAAACAUACAUACAGUAUAUACAUACGUAUAUAGAAAAAGCAAUAUAGCGCCAUCUGAUCAAAUCGUUCAAAUUCUUUGUGCAUGUUUCUCUGUAACCUUUAAAGUAUAUGCGACAGCGUUUUAUGUUGAGGAAAAUUACGCGUAUUUUAAAAACGUAGUUUAGCUUAAAUCCCGUCGCUGUCGGAUUUACGUAUUUUGGUUGUUGUCGACGCGGGUGAGCAGCAAAAAUUAAGGAUUACGGGUAGAAGUGAGUAGGAAGAAAAACAUCUUUGACAGAAAUUCGAAAACCGAAAAUUUGCGUAUGUUUGCCUGCUGUUACGAUAUUCUCGCACGAUGGAUCGAGUUCGAUACAUUGAUUCUAUAAAAGUUUGAAUUUCUGCUACAUCUUCGGUAUCUAAAUCAUUCCUUCGUUAUUUUCCUUCGUUGAUUACUGGCAAAUUAUAAUUCACAAUACUUGAACUAUCUCGGCUUCGUCGAUUUUUGAUGACAAAAAUUAUUCCAGUUAUUCGCUAAGACAAGUGUGUUUCGAGAAUAUGAUAACCACAAACUUUACAAUUCUGGAGGUAUUGAGCCAACUAAAUUAAAUAGAAUUGCAUUGGGAAAAUUGGUUUUGCACAUCCUAAGAACAAAAUAUCAUCUUUGAAAUCUGUAUUACAAAAGCAAAAACUUGAGAAACAAUGGAUACAUCUAUACGAGAGAAGUUGCACACCUUUGUGGAUGCUAUAAUUAGAGUUCCACCUUUAUUUAUCAUAGAUGAACUACUUAGAAUUGGACUUGGAUUAUCUAGCAACAAUGUUGUGCUACAUAGUAGUGAAAAUGGUUUUAAAAUAUCAAAAGUAUCAGACAGCAUUGUGGAUUCGAUAAUACCUAUUUCGUUUAUAGAUUCAUUUGGUUUUGAAUACUUUGCUUACAAAAUGCACUUAAUAAUUGCACUAAAAUUUCUAUGCUGCUGUUUAGGAUAUAUUACUGCAAUAUGUAUAUUUAUGUUAUGGACAAAACAUCUUAUCAUUGUAUACUUAUAUUUAAUAUCAGUAGGAGCAAUAUUUAUAUCCUAUUGGUCAAAUAUUAGUACAAUGAAAGCUAUCAUUACAUAUGUGAGCACACAUGAAUCAACAACUAGCAUACUUGAUGAUAUUUUGUAUCUUAACUUGAAAUACGUUUUAAAUGAAGGACCAGGCUUCCUGAUAAUCCAGAAUUAUGUAUUACAAUGCUUAUUAGCUAGUAUUUUUUGUUAUAUUCAUCUUGCACCAAAACACCCAGCUCUGCAAAAAUUUCUUGUACUGAGUUUUAUGGCACCGUCGAUUUUGGGCAUUUGUCCGCUCCCGACGCAAGUGCUCCAUCAUCUACCAGUGUUCGCAACACUUCUUCCGUUAGCUGUAUGUAAAUUUGUCAUUUGGUUUAACGGCGUCACCAUGAUGAACACAAUUUAUAUGGGUUAUCAAUAUGCGCGUAAUUUCAUAAGCAACUAUGGACUGUCCGCGCUCGUCGAAACCGAAUGGAUUCGAUUGAACAUUCCGUGUGUGCUACGCAUGUUUUGGAUGUUACGCGUUGGAGGACAAAUGUUUCAAAUCCUUGGAAAUCAUUAUGGCGAAGAGACGUUCACCUACUACAUAAUGCUUAGAAGUUUAUUAGUCAAUGGCUGCGAGACUUUGACGGCAGUCUUAGGAAUGACUAGCAUAAUUUCGUUUAUUUGUGAUUACAUCGGUUGUUUCUUUCAAUGGGUGCUACUUACGGAAGACGAAGAGGAGAAGAGUAUCGGUACCGUAUCCGCGAUUUUAUUUUACGUGCUGGCCCUGCAAACUGGACUGACGAGUUUGGACAGAGAGAAACGUUUGGUCAGACUGUGCCGUAAUUUUUGUUUAUUGUUUACGGCGGUUCUACAUUUCGUGCACAACAUCGUCAAUCCGUUGUUGAUGUCGCUCAGCGCCUCGCAUAAUCCAGCGCUUCAUCGACACAUCCGCGCUCUGGCAGUUUGUGUAUUUUUAAUACUGUUUCCAGUAUCAUUGCUGGUAUUCCUUUGGUCGCACUAUACCGUAAGCACUUGGUUACUGGCAGUAUCGGUGUUUAGUAUCGAAGUAAUAGUAAAAGUGUUGGUUUCACUUGCGAUCUAUUCCCUCUUCCUGAUCGAUGCUUACCGUAGCGUGUUCUGGGAGCAACUCGACGACUGCGUAUAUAUAAUACGAUCUUUCGGUAACACCAUCGAAUUCGCAUUCGGUAUUGUCCUAUUCUUCAACGGCUUUUGGAUUUUGGUGUUUGAAUCUGGUGGAGCAAUUCGUGCCGUCAUGAUAUGCAUUCACGCCUACUUUAAUAUAUGGUGUGAGGCAAAAGCCGGAUGGAGUGUGUUCAUGAAGCGUCGAUCAGCUGUUAAUAAGAUUAAUUCCCUUCCGGAAGCAAAGGCGGAACAACUUCGAGUGUUAGAUGAUGUGUGUGCUAUUUGCUAUCAGGAAAUGCAAAGUGCCAAGAUCACGCGCUGCAAUCACUACUUCCACAGUGUCUGUUUACGAAAGUGGCUGUACGUCCAGGACCGCUGUCCACUUUGCCACGAUGUAUUGUACAAAAUCGAGAACUCGCAGAACGAUAAAGAUAACGAGGUAAUCGCUGGUGAUGAAGAGGCGGAAGCGAACGCUGAAGACGUCUUCGAAGUAAAUGAAGACAGGUGAAAAGACGCAUAGCUCUAACGUAUGCUGAUAAACUGUUAUGAAUCUCAAAUUUAAAAUCGUAAGAUAUCGAUCUCUGAAAAAUCUUGCCUAAAAAAAUUUCGUUUCUUGAAAGUCGCUCAAAUUGCAAAACUCUCGUACGAGGUACUUUAAACGUUUCUCGACAAAGAUACAAUUUGUCGGAGAUAAUAAAAAAUUUUACCGCGAAAAGAGCUCUAAACUAUAUUAUUUUGCGAGCUCUGAUUCGUUAUCAUUUACGUUUAGCUUAUAAAGAUAUUUCUUACGGUCCCAAACCCUGCUAAUUUAGAAUGACGAAUAUUCGCGCGUAGGCAACUUGCUUUUAUACUUUUUUUAGCAUAAGCUAUGUUCAAGCUUCCGUACACUUGUUCUGCUUACUCUUCCAUUUUAUAAGAUUCUACUACUUUACGACGACCAUCGACAGAUUCCGUUGAUUCAAAUUAAAAAGCUCGUAUCGCUUGUCCAUUAGAAUAAACGUUCCUAGGUACGAUCCAACCGAAUUACCAUGUAUUUUAUUCAGUAUGCAAAAUACUUUACUUCACGGCUCUGUUGUCGAAUGAGAGAUGAUAACACGAUCGUCGAAAAAUCCUUGUAGAUAUACAUAUAUAUAUAUAUAUAUAUAUAUACACAUAUGUAUAUUUACACGUAUGUAUACAUGUAUUGAUAUAUAUUGACAAAUACGUAGAUAUAUACAUAUGUGUAUAGAAUAAAUAUAUAUGUAUUUAUAUCUACAGUGAAAUAUAUAUAUAUAUACAUAUAUAUAUAAGUACGCGAGAUUCCAGAUAUAAGUUAAACGUACAAGAAUCGCUACUCAACCCAUUUCUUAUGGUUUCAAGAUGAUGGGAUUACGAGAUUAACGAUUCUUAACAUUUUUCGAAGUCGAUAGAGGAAAACAAUACAACUCUAUUCUUUGUAGAACCGUAUUAAUCGGAGAAAUUAGUUUCGGUAUGAAAUUUACAUGUAACAGUUAUAUAUAAUAUGUGAUUUUCUAUUUUAAACGCGCGCAUUUUACUUCUUCCGAAAAAGAAUAAUCACUUUGGUGAAGGAAGCAGGGAGUCUUUUUUUCUUUCCAUUUUAAUUAUUUUCUCUGUCGUUUCGAUUGAAAUUCACAAGCCUCUGUGAUAGUAAGAUAACGGCGAAAGAAAUUAUAAGUUUUUUAAUUUAUUGCAACAAAGCAUUAUUUACUUCCUAUACGAUUUAAUAAUGAACAUAUGAAGUUUUGUUUGUAAGAUCAGAAUAUGUCUAAUAAAUGUUAUAUUUUUAAA